CCUUGACAAGCUGGCUGACAGUUGCACUAUAGCAAGCAUGUACUCCAAAGGCAAAGCAUCAACUGUGCCGUCAGACAGCCAAGCACGAGAAAAGUUAGCCUUGUACGUAUAUGAAUAUUUAUUACAUGUAGGGGCACAAAAAGCUGCACAGACAUUCCUUUCAGAGAUUCGAUGGGAGAAAAAUAUAACAUUAGGAGAGCCACCUGGUUUUUUACAUUCAUGGUGGUGUGUUUUCUGGGAUUUAUACUGCGCCGCACCAGAGCGACGAGAUACUUGUGAACACUCGAGUGAAGCGAAAGCAUUUCAUGACUAUGGUUUUGUAAACUCUGGGUAUGGUGUAAAUGUAAAUGGUCUAGCUCACAAUCCUAAUGUGCCGAGUCCAGGGUUGGCACCUAUGGGCCCCAAUGAUGGCAUGCCUGGAGGACCAAUGCCCCCUGGUUUCUUUCCUCACAUGAUGUCACCAAGAUAUCCAGGCGGUCCCAGAGGUCCAGUUAGGUUGCCGUAUCAACAAGACAAUGUCAGCUCGCCCCCAGGAAGUAUACCGCAGCCGAUGAUGCCAAACAACAUGGACCCACGGCAGGGGAUGAAUCACAUGUCUCGGAUGAGUCAUCCGCGGGCCAUGGGCCCCGGACCCGGCAUGAACCCGGGAAGCUACGGCAUGCGGCCGCAACAGAUGGGACCAGGAGUCAUGCCUCCCAUGUCCAUGGCAGGGCCAGGGCCUGGUCCAGGCGGACCAAGAGGAUGGGCACCAAACACGUCAUCGGGUUACUCGUCGUCAUCGCCAGGCAACUAUUCUGGUCCACAAGGAGGUCCGCCUGGUACGCCUGUCAUGCCCAGCCCACAAGGUUCUACAGGCCCGUAUUCGCCGGCGAGCACACGAAUGCCCACGCCAGGUCCCGGAAACCGCCGAGAUUCAACAAAUUCAGGAGAUAAUGUGUAUGCUAUGAUGAACCCAGUGCCUGGUGGAAACAGGCCAGGGUUCCCGAUGGGAGCUGGCCCUGACGGUCCGAUGCAGAUGGGAGGGCCUGGUGACAUACCAGUCAUGAAUGGAGACGGCAUGGACGGCAUGAAGCAUUCACCAGCCAAUGGGCCAGGCACUCCACGUGACGAUGGCAUGGGAGACUACGGCAUGGGAUACCAAGACGGUCCACCUAAUCAUCAAAAUGAAUCUGAAGCCAUACUAAAAAUAAAAGAGAGCAUGCAGGAAGAAGCAAAAAGGUUUGAAAAAGACGGGCCACCGGACCAUCCCGAGUAUUCAUUUAUGCAAUAAGAAGAGUUCACACAAAGACAGCCAUAUACUUCUGCUGCAAUACGAUGGGAGGUGAUUGUUCUCCCACCAGGUGGCAGUGCUGAUGUCACACUACCCCACAGGGCCAUGCUCCAAGUGUGUGCUGCAGCACCAGUCAUGUUUUUGUACAAAACAGUGUAUCAUAACAAUUUCGUUACAGCAACACACAAUGCGGGGUUUUUUGAUGUACUAUUUUAACAUUGAAAAAUUGUGCAUGACGACAUCGUAUUCAGAGUGUUCUUUCAGCUCUGUUUUUGACAGUGAAAUGGCUUGUAUUUCCCAUACAAGGCUGAACUCUCGUCAGUCUGCCUCCCGAAGCUGUUGCAGGCAGACAAUUAGGCAGGCAGGCAGGUAGGUGUUAUGCUCUCACCACAACUGGUUGUACAUUGUAUUCAGGCAUCGUGUGUGUGUGCCGGCAUAUGCAGGUGUGUUAAAGUUUGCGAGUGAGCAGGGCGGUUUCGAUGAGUCGUCUUUGCAACUCGCUGUGUACAGAAAAUAUACCGGAUCGGUUGUCGUAGUUUUCUGAAGCGAUCUCAAACGUUGGACUUGUUCACCAGCAGUCUCUCCUGUUUGUUUUUCAUUUCGUAAAAGUAGUAUGGAAGUUAUUCCUAAGCCCCCCCUUCCCCCCGAAAGCACCUUAUAAUGCAUUAAAUCACGUUCACGACGAUGGUAAUCGCGUCGCUCCCACGCUGUACUGUCUUACCAGUCACGGGGCAUCUUUUGGGAAUGAAUUGUGACCGGCCAUCACCCACGUACUGCCGUAGUACCAGCUCUCUGUGAGAGCUGUUGGCUGUGUAGGGGGCGUUGUAAGGUGUCAUGUUUGCCUGUCGGCGUGCGUCGGUCAUGCUUCAAUCGCUUCCGUUGAUCCUUUCCUUGACCUUGCAGCCGGCGAUGGCCGCUGCCGCGGGUUGAUCGUCCACACGUGUAAUUGUUUAGGUAUCCAUCUGUGAGCAUAUUCAUCACGAGACGACCCAAUGUUGUUUCGUGUCAUCUCCCAGUUUUGUUGUGCAUCGUCUCGGGAUCUGUAUUUUUAUGUUGUAUUAAUUAGGGGGGCGGUCAACUGUGCCAGAUGUGUUAAAUCGGGUGCCCCAGCGCUGAGAAGCUGUAACCACCAGGGUGGUGGUCCACUUUUGCUUUGGUAAUGAUCAGACCAGCAGCUAUUCAUUGCAUGCUUGUACAAAUUACUGCUGGUCAUCCUACGUCUUUGCGCUUGCGUUUUCGCUGUUUACGUAACUGAAUUGUACGAUGCUUUUGUAUUCCCCCCUCCCGUGGUCAACAUAGAAACAGCCAUUGUCCAGUGUAUAUUUAUACGGUGGAAAUGUGUACAAUGAUCCUAUUAUAUAGAAUCCUAUUUUAAGGGUUCUAUUUUCCGUUGUCAGUUUUCAUAACAAAAAAAAAGUUUGAAUUAUUUAUAUAUAUAUUUGUUUGCUGCCACAUCCCCGCUCAGCGUGCCAUGCUGCUGGAGGAUCGAGGGCGGUACGGCGGUCCACGCGGAUGCGAUCAGGUUGUGCCUGCCACCUCUUAGCUGUUUUUGUUUCUAUGAUCACGUUUGCACUACUUAAGCCGUGCGCGUGCGACCGCGUGCACGCACGCAACUAAGACAUUUGUAAUCGUCACCUGAGGACGGAUGAUGUCAUACUUGUGCGUCUGUCUCUUUUCCCUGUAUAUUUUCCCUACUGCACGCACUGGUCGUAUAUAGCUGCUGCUGCUGCUACUGCUUCUGCUACUGCUGCUGCUGGUCGGGCCACGUAUGUAAUCACUGAACGGGAUGCACUGGCCGUGCUAGGCGACUUGAAACGAAAAAAAUCACUAUUUUGUACAUUACUUCCAAGGUAUAUUCUAUAAUAACUUGGUGCAGUGUAUGGAACACCUCAGAAAUGAUAUCACACGGUAUAUAGAUCUAUUUUUUGUUUUAAUUUAUUGUUGUACUACUUUGUGUGCUAGGUAGCUGUUUUAAGCUGGACUGUGCAACCGCUAUUCGCGUGCGUGCACGUUCUUGAACAAGGUCAAUGUACAGUAUCUGUUUCAUUCGAGCCCAGAAUUCCAAGUCUUGCUACUGAAACGAAUUUGUUGACACCUACCUGGAGCAGACCAAUGAAUUGGGUGCUAGUCCAGAAGACAUGACCCAUUGUGUAUUGUAUUGUAGACAUGAAGUAUUGUGGGACAUGUCUUCUCGACUAGGGCCAUGAAUUGCACCCUAAACAUUUUUGUAAUCUGACGUCAUUCGAGAGUGAAGCCAGAAUGUGAAGAUUCUUCAUUGGUGUGCUCUCGGCACUGUAGUCGUAACUGCACUCUAAGAGCUGGACAUCCACGUGCAGCUCUGUUACCGCACAAUUUCUGUCAUGGCGUCGUCGUAAUUCCCAUCACGAAUUAUGGAAUAUGAUAUCCGCCUCGUUUUGCGCACUUUCUACUUGUGAAAUCUUGAUUUUAUACUCCUGACGUUACCAAUCAUGGGAAUAUGGUAUUUUUCGAAUUUUAUAGGGAAUCAUUCUACCACCCGUUUGUGUUAAAGUGUGUCUAAUAAAUGGUAUGUGGAUUCAUGAUUUGUGCACUCUGUAGACCGUGCCAUCUGAGAAAGUCUUGAAGAGGAGAAAUAUGGCAACGGGGAGUGUUUGAAGUCACAGAUGCAUGCAAUGGCGUGGUACCAUUUCGAAGUGUCAGAUCAGCCAAUCGUGUUUACGUGCAACUCUUAAAACGGCUGUAUUUAAAAAGUGUACAAGUGGUGCGUCUAGGUGGUCGGAACCGCAACACGGGUUUUGCCGACCUGUGUAAAAUUCAGUUUAAUGGAGAAUCCAAGACAGUUGCGUUAUUUAACUCAAAUGAAUUCAGUCUUACGAUGUAUGUAGCUGGCGGUAGGACGCGCUUUAGCUUUGAGAUACGACAGAGCUGUUUUCUGAAUAGUCCGUGUGAGUCGGCCACGGACGUAUAUUAUUAAUUCUUGCACAUUUAUAAAGGGGAUGAAUGGAUGGUCUUGUGUCUGAACAGAGUGUAAAAUGUACAUUUAUGAUGUUUACGUUGUCUUUGCAUUUAGCCAGGCGUAACUAAUCAAUUGUGCAGUCUCUCUGUUUGAUACGUACUCAAUUCACCAGUAGGCUGAGUUGUUAUUCAAGGUCUAUCAUUAUAUAUAUAUAUAUAUAUACUUAUAUCGAAAAUUAAUUGAUGUUUGGACUGAUUAUUUAUUGACUAGUUAUGCCUGGAGUUAGCUAUAAUCAUCGACAGUAGUUAAUACCUUUCUUUUCCCGUGAGUACGUGUUAUGUUUCUAUAUCUGUCGUGCAAUAAGAGGUCGCGUGGCGCGAUCUAGUGGGGUAGUGGGGGAGACCUCUGUUGUAUGCACCAAAACAGACCAUUGGGUUAAUGACUACAGCUGGAAUCACAGAUAAUGCCGCAUUAAUGAGUGGCCUCUCCCUCGUUCGAUGCUACUCGAAUAGCGUGAACAAAAAUGGCGUGAAUAGCGUUGACAAAUGUACAAAAUCUACCGCGCGCACGCGCGCACACACACACACACACACACACACACACACACACACACACACACACACACACACACACACACACACACACACACACACACACACACACACACACACACACACACACACACACACACACACACAAAAGCAUAGAAGAUGUUGUAUAAGAGCCCAGUGUGCAUGUUCGAAGCGCCAUGGUUUGAGGGUGGUUCGAAAUACCUGAACAGAUCACUUUUAAACGUUUUCCCCCACCAACUUCAUUGUUUUAACCAACACAGUUUGGCUCUCUGCGUUUGUGUGAGCACCAUGUGAUUAAUACUGUAUAUUGGGUACUUGUGCCAGAGUUGUCAUAUUUUUGUCGUUAUCCGUAAACAUUUUAGAUGCUGUUCAUUCAUCUGUAUAUACUGCCCCGUAAGCCACGCACGCUAGAAUCUCACAGAUGUUGUGGGCACAGGGGGCGCUAGCGGUACUGCUCCGACUGCGCCCUCUGGUAUUCAAGCUCAACGCUCGCCGAGUUCCGCCCUUCUCCCCCUCUCCAGCCUUUACCCUCGAAGCGCACUUCGUCUCCAGUGCUCACACAAAUGCUCAGAGCAGUACAUUGAUGUAUUAUAAAAAAGCAUUGUGAAUCAAAUUUGACGAACAGACAUGUUUUAUACUGAAUGAGUGUUGAAGUAUCUCACGUUAUAAUUUCCGCAGAUAACGUGUACACUUAUUUGAAUGCGGUCUAACUGUGGCCGCAAGUGCAGCUCAUAUGGAAGGCCUCGCGCUCCGCUAGGUCGGCAUUAGCUUUCUUGUGCUAUAUUCCUGUGGUAGUGCGUUUUAGCGUAGAUAUAAUAUAUAUUCUGUUUAAUAAAGCACAGAACACUACUGUAUAUGCCCUUGA